GAAUUGUUACCUAUUUAUCACGAUACGAACCACACUAACUCCACCAACUUGUGCUGGUUAAUUUAAACCUAUGAUAGAUUGAUAGACAUAUUGUAUUGAGUAGCUUAAAUGAUAGAAGUACUAGUGGUAUAUUUUACUUGUAAUAAUGGACUGACAAAGGCUAGACAAGAAUGAAUAGGUUGCGACUUUUUUUUAAGUUAUUUACAAAUGUACAUCACUUCAUUUAUUCACCUUUCUUUCUUUCUUUCUUUCAUUCUUUAUUCUUCUUCCUUUUAUAUAUGCUUGCAAUUGCCGACUUGUUUCGUUUCACAAUUUCUAUGAAACUUUCUCCAUUUUUAUUGUACGAUAAAGAGAGAUGCAACAACUCAAAGUAUGUUUCUAACAAUCAAAGAAACUUGUUACGGAGUACAAAUCUUACAACUUCUAUUACAUAACUUAUAGCAAGAGCGCGUUAAGGGACGUCCAAACCAUUUUUAAACAACGCGUUAAGUUUCAAAAGGUCGAAUAUUUUUCAUGUGAUCGGAUCAGAUUCGAAUCGAAUUAUGAGGGCCAUCCUUGGAUAGAAAGGGCCAAAGGAAGAAUGGAUGGUGUUUGGAAUUCCAUGUUUAUCUAUCUCAAUAUCUAGUCUAGGUACUAUUUGCAUGCUUCAAUCUAACGGUGUUGGUUCUGCCACGAGUUUGAUGAACCUGCUUUUUGCUACCUUGCCAAUUUGCCAUACCUCUUGCACCCAAUUAACUCCCAACUUCAACUUUAAUAUCACACUCCUUUUAAUGAAAAUUGGUCUUCUACUCCCUCCGUCUCUUUUUGUUUUUUACGUUUUUCUUUUUGGGUAUUUCAAAAUGUUCUUUACAUUUCCUUUUAUAUUAUUACAUAAAUGACUUAUUUUCUAUCAAAAUUUAUGUCCAAUUAUUAUUUUAACCAAUUAAAUUCAAUGGAUCAUUUAAUCUCUCACACUUUUCAAUUAGGAUAUUAAAUUUUUCUCAUUUUCCAAUAUCAGAAUUUUGAUAAAAGUGAAAACAUUAUAAAUAAACGUAAUUAUCUUGUUUAAAUAAAAAAAUUUGAGGAAUCCGAUGCAAAUUAAUUAAUCGUUAAAACGCGUGAAAAAUGUCAAACGCAAAAAACAAAAAGAGACGUAGGGAGUAGUUAUCAAAAAAAUUAAUAAAUGUUGAAACUAGUUUAUUAAUACAUGCAAUAGAAACAAAAUUAAGUAUCGGUGUCUUUAUAACUAUUUCUAAUUAAUUAACUAAUUUUACUUCCAAAAAAUUUGGUUAAUCAACAUAAAUGGUUGUUUAGGAAAUCAAUUCGUGGAUUAUGGACCAUGGUGCACAAUGAGAAUGGUGUACCUAAAAAAAUAUAUGUGCACAUGUAAAGAACAUGGCAUAUUGAUAAGAGAACACGUGACAUAUUAUUUUUUUUUUAUUUUUUUUUGAGAGAAACAUAUUAUUCAAUUUUUUGUUAUCAAAGUAAAUACGGAGUAAUAAAAUUAUUUAACAUUUUAUUAAAUACAAAAUAAAUAAAUAUAUUCAUGUUGUUUUUACGUAAUCUAAUGUUCUUUUAGAUACUUUGUUUAAUAAUGUGCACCAUGGUCCACCUUAUAAAUUGCGGUUUGAAAAUAAAGAGUUUAUUAAGGUAUAUUAGGGUAUGACCAUUUGAAAACGUUAAUAUGAGCCUUUGGUUAUGAGAUGUAUGGGAGAGAAUUUUGCAAUGAAAAAACUAGUUUUGAAAAAGCUCGAUCAAUAAUUGAAGUUUUACAUUAGAGGUUUGAACAAGUUGGUGUAAAAUGACAACUUUUGUCCUAAUAUUGUCUAAGAUUACAACAGUUAAAAACUAUAUAUAUCACUUUUAUAUGUCAGUAUCUUUAAUACUCCCUCCGUAUUUAAAUAGGAGUCACAUAUGGCAGGACAUGGGUAUUAAAGAAAAAGUUGAACGAAAUAAAAUAAUAAAGCAAAUGGGGUUAGGGUAAAUAUUUUAACAAGUAAAACAAAUGGAGACCAUUAAAUUUGGAGAGGUGGGAAGUGUUGGGUUUCUGAUAUUAAUUGUUUAAUGUGGUGAUGGGACAUAAGGUAUAUUAGAGGAAAAAUUGAUAUAAUCGGUCUCAACUAUGACCGAUUUACUUUAAAAUGUCUCAACCUUUGAUUAUCUUAGAGUGGUCCCAACUAUAGUGAGUCAUUCCAAAAAUGGUCCCUUAGUUAAAAUUAAGUGAUAUAUAACUUAAGUAAGGCUCAUAUCUCUCAUGCAAUAAUCAUAUUUUUUUAAUUAAAUGAAGUUAAUGUGAUAGUAUGAUAUGCUUAAAUCAACUCAAUUAAAAGUUUAAUUAAGCUAAAGGACCAUUCUAGGAAAACACACCUCAAAGAUGAGACCACUCUAGAAUAAGGAAAUUUUGGUAAAAAUAAUCCAACCUUUGGCCGCUCUGCCAUUAACAGUACCACUUAUCGAAUAAUUCUAAAUAAUCUGACCUUUGCCAAGUGUCUUCAAUUAACAGGCCAUUUUACCAGUGACCUGAUGAAACUUGUCAACGAAUCAAUGUUGACUUGUUUUCCCUCCUAAACCCAAUUACUCACUCAACCGUACAAUCCAACCUUUAUCUCUUUCUUCUCUCUCCAACUCUCCUCUAUACUCUGAAACGUCGCCAUGGUUAAGGAAGCUUGAACAAGAGGCAUUUAGUGAAAUUGGGAAGCAGCAAAUGGGGAGAACAACAAGAAGAACAACGCCAUAACUGAGAAUUGAAGCAGAUUUCGCGAAAUUGGUAUUUUGCAUGUUGUUCCUGCAGUCCUUCCCAAAGCUGAACACAGACACUGUGCCAUGCAUAUUUUUGCCUUAUGGCACAAGGCUUUUAGGGGAGAUGAAUUUAAGCUUCAGUUCUGGAAAAUUGCUAAAGCCUACAACAUGGAAGAUUACAAUGAUGCAUUAGAUGAGCUUGAACAGAUUGAUCCAGCUGCUAUUGUGGCUUUCAAUAGGUAUAACCCUAAGGUUUUUUGUAGAGCAUUUAUGAACACCUCAAUGAUGAGUGAUGCAAUUACAAAUAACAUGGCAGAAACCUUUAACGGUUAUAUCAUAAAUGCAAGAACCAAACAUCUAAUUUAUAUGUUGGAGGACAUUAGGUCUGCCUUGAUGCAAAGGAUUGUUCUGAAAAGGCAGGAGAUGGAGAAAUCUAAGUCUGUAGUUUGUCCUAGGAUUCAGGCUAAAUUAGAGUUGGAGAAAGAGAAGGCUACAAAUUGUGAUGUGUUGCCAUCGGGGGAUAAUCUGUUCCAAGUUAGGUAUUAUCUAGAUAGCUUGACUGUUAAUUUAGAGGCUAGGACAUGUAGUUGCAAGAAGUGGGAUAUUUAUGGUUAUCCUUGUUGCCAUGCCGUUGCUUGUAUUUAUUUCCAACAUAAAGAAGCUGAGGACUUUGUGGAUGAAUGGUUUAAGAGAGAUGUGUAUUUGAAGGGUUAUUCGGGUAUAAUUCCACCUUGUGAUGGUGAGAGGUACUGGCCUAGGAUUGAGAGUAACUUGGACCCUCCACCCAUCAAAAUUGGUCCAGGACGGCCUAGGAGAAAUAGAAGGAAAGAUCCAUUUGAAGACCCGAAGAGGCCGGGAAAGUUAACAAGGCAUGGCAUGGAGAUGACCUGCAACACUUGUCAAACCAAGGGCCACAACAAGAGGAGGUUCCCUAACAGAGAUGCUCAACCAGCUCAUCCACAAGAACCACCUGCCAAGAUGGCAAGGGGAAGGCCUAGGAAGGAUGGUCUGCCACCCCAACAAACACAUGUUGUUGCUGCUACAGCCACUGCCACACAACAAUCAACAACUGGCCACCAUGAAGCUACUGCUCAACCUACACAGCUAGGCAGAGGUAGAAGGAUGAUUAGAGGUAGAGGAAGCAAGUCUAGGGGCAGAGGAGCUGAUGGUGGGAGAGGUGGGAGAGGUGGGAGAGGUGGGAGAACAACUUGUUCAAGGGAAGGCACCAGUAGCAGCAGAGGUGGGAGAGGUGCAGGAGAAGGAACAUCAAGCAGGGGAAGAGGCAACAAUAGGGGAAGAGGUAGACCAAAAAAGGUGCCACAAGGGUUUGGUAAUGACAUCGAAACCGAUUGAACAUUCUUGUAUUAUGUUUGUAAUCAGGUGCCUCUGUUAUUUUGUGUGGAUGCAUGUAAGGCAAUAUCAUGCCACUUAUUUUGCUUAAAAACUUGUCUGAAUUGAUGUUAUGUAAGGCGAUGCCUCUUAUUUUGGACAAUCAUUUGUUCGGGUGAAUGUAAGGCGAUGCCUCUUAUUUAAGGCAAGUUAUGUAAGGCGAUGCCUCUUAUUUUGUUAAACAAUUGUCCGGAUGAAUGUAAGGCAAUGCCUCAUAUUUAGGUCAUGUAAUGCAAGACAAGGUGUUGAAUGAUGA